ACCACUCUCUCUCCAACUCCUCCGCUCGAAUGGCGGCGAUCUCCGCUCCGCCGCCGUCGAGCGUCGCCGCCGCUACCCUCGGCCGCUCCCGCCCCUUCCCUUCCCGCCUCGCCCUUCCCCUCCUGAUCUCGGGGCCCCGCCGACUCCCGCUCCGGCUCGCCGUCUCGUCUCGCCUCUACUCCUCCAAGCCCUCCUCCGGCGCCAACGGAUCCCUCGAUAAUCCCUCUUCCUCCGGCGGCGGCGAUGAGCUCCACCACGCCCUCCCCCUGCCACCGCGCUCCGAGAAGGGCGCGCCGGUUUUUGUCACGCUCCCCAUGAACGUCGUCGGGGCGACGGGACAGAUGGCCCGGCGGAAGACGAUGGGAGCGUCGUUCAUGGCCCUCGCGGCCGCCGGCGUGGAGGGGAUCGCGGUGGAGUGCUGGUGGGGGAUCGUGGAGAGGGAGGCACCCGGCGUGUACGAUUGGGGCGGGUACAUGGAAUUGGUGUCCUUGGCGCGCCGUUUCGGCCUCAAGGUGCGGGCGAUCAUGGCAUUCCACCAGUGCGGGACGGGCCCUGGUGAUCCUAGCUGGAUACCUCUUCCACAAUGGGUGCUCGAGGAAAUGGAUAAAGAACCAGAUUUGGCUUACUCUGACAAGUUUGGAAGGAGGAGUGAGGAGUACAUCUCAUUGGGAUGUGAUGUCCUUCCCGUUCUCAAGGGACGAUCUCCUAUCCAAGCUUAUUCAGAUUUUAUGAGAAGCUUCAGAGACACUUUUAGGGAAUUCCUUGGAGUUAUAGUAACAGAAAUUCAAGUGGGUAUGGGUCCUGCAGGUGAACUAAGGUAUCCUUCCUGCCCCACUGAGAAACUUAUGCGACCGGGCGCUUCACCUGAGCUAGGAGAAUUUCAGUGUUAUGAUAAGUAUAUGCUAGCCUCGCUGAAUGCUUGGGCACGAAAUGUCGGGAUGCGGGAGUGGGGAAAUGGUGGUCCACUUGGUGCUAGUAAUUUGUUACAGCACUCAGAAGAUACAUCUUUCUUUAGGAGUGAUGGUUCUUGGAACACAACCUACGGACAAUUUUUUCUGGAAUGGUACUCUGGAAUGCUUCUUCUUCAUGGAGAAAGGUUAUGUGCGGUGACGAAUGCAAUAUUCUGGGGUACUGGUGUGAAGAUCUCUGGAAAAAUUGCAGGAAUACACUGGCACUAUGAUACAAGCUCACAUCCAUCUGAACUGACUGCUGGUUAUUACAAUACCUUUAUCAGAGAUGGCUACCUUCCAAUUGCCCGCAUGUUUGGUAGGUAUAGAAUGACUUUGUGUUGUACAUGUUUUGAUAUGCGAGAUUCAGAGGAACGUAGUAACCCAAAAAGCAGUCCAGAAGGAUUUCUCAGACAGCUUGUAUAUGCUGCAAGAAUGUGUAACCUACCACUUCUGGGUGAAAAUUCUGUGACUAGGUUGGAUGAUAUCUCACUCAAUCAGGUCAUAAAAAGCUCGAGGCUUUAUUCUAGUGGUGCUUAUGAGGCUUCCUUAUCUUUUAACUAUGUUAGAAUGAACAGAAACUUAUUUGACUCUCAUAACUGGAAUCGGUUUACUAGGUUUGUGAGGAAGAUGUCAGAUUUUCGGACAUUUCAGGCCAAACUAGAUAUCAAAGGUGGUGAAUCAUGUCUAAUAUCAGGGGCUGAGGAAGUUGGACGUGCUUUGGCUUAUCACUGAAAAGCUUCUCGCUCUUUGUGCAUCAUGCCUGGUUAUAUUUUUUACCGGUGCUGAGCACAUUCAUAAUGCUAUUAGAUGCCGAGAAUUUAAGCAGCAGGUGGCCUUUUUUAGUUGCCAAAAGAAAAGGAUGUCUAUGCCUUUUACAUUGGCUUCCAUCUGUCUGAUGUAUAUACCCAUUCUAUCCAUUUCAGAGGUUGUUGUAUUUUUGUUUAAUCCUUGCUUUUAACUGUAUCCUGAAUUGGGUAUUCAAAUUGAUGAAUCAUCUUUCCCCGUUGAACUUUUAAUCAUUGCACUAUCUUCUCAAAA